GGUGGGAACACGCCCGUCCCAUCAUUCGCCCGUAUACACGCGCACGCUGAUGCGCGGCGCCACAAUUGCAUUCUUCUCGCCGUAAACAGAGACCCAGCGGCACGCUUGUCGGAGCGAACCCAGCGAAGCACUGACAAGAACACAUCCAGAAUGUCGCAAGCCCGAGUGGCCGUCCUCACAGUGAGCGACACCGCCGCCGCAGACACAAGCUUGGACAAGUCUGGGCCCACCAUCCGCGAGACCCUCGCCGGCGCGGGGUACGAGGUCAAGUACCUCCUGGUCGUCCCCGACGACGAGCCCCGCAUCCGGCACACCGUGCAGACGUGGGUCGAUCAGGGCGAUGUCGACUGGAUUGUCACCACAGGCGGGACCGGGUUCGGCGUGCGCGAUCGCACACCGGAGGCGAUCCGCCCGCUCAUCGAACGAGAAGCUCCGGGGCUUGUGCACCUCAUGAUAGCUGCGUCGCUGCAGAAGACGCCUCUGGCUGCGCUCGCACGUCCCGUGGCAGGGACGGUCAAAGACACCCUCGUGGUGACGCUCCCGGGUAGCGUAAAGGCAGUCAAAGAGAACCUCGAGGCGUUACUCGGGGGAGGCGUUAUUGAUCACGCUCUCCAGCUUGUCAAGGGCGCGUCCAGCAGGAAGCUACACAGUGAUGUGCCAGGCGCGAGUGCGGUCGCAGGCUCUGGGCAUGCACACCACCACCAUCACCACCACCAUGGCCAUGACCACCACGCACCUCAGCCUCGAACAACGCUGUCGCAUGAUCCCUCACAGCCAGUGACAACCCGACACCGGGAGUCGCCCUAUCCUUUAGUGACCGUUGACGAAGCACUUGCAUCCAUCCUCAAAGAAGUCAAACCACUGGACACUGCUGAGCUGCCCGUCACUGCGAAUAUCAAGGGACAUGUGCUUGCCGAGGAUGUGUACGCCCCUCAGGACGUUCCUUCCACGUCUACUACGAGCGUAGAUGGAUACGCACUCCGCUCCACCGACCCACCAGGCAUCUACAAAGUUGUCACCUCCAAAACGCACAACCUCGCCGACCCGCUCCCCGCGAGGACGAUCUUCCGCAUUAACACCGGGGGCCCGCUUCCCGCGGGUGCAAAUACGAUUGUCAUGGUCGAAGAUACGCGGCUGCACGGCACGCACAAGGACGCGUCUGGCGCAGACGUCGAGGAGGCAGAGGUCGAGACGCUCGUCCAGGUGCCCCCGGGCGAGAACGUGCGGGCGCCGGGGAGCGACACGCGCAAGGGCGAUUUGGUCCUCGAGCGCGGGCAGGUGCUCCACGCGGCGGGCGGGGAGAUCGGCACGCUCGCGUUCGUGGGCAGGCGGAGUGUGCAGGUGUAUGGGAGGCCGGUGGUCGCGGUGUUGAGCACGGGGAACGAGCUGUUGGAUCUGCAGGACCCGAAGCCGAUGCAGGGUGAGUGGGGCGGGAUCUGGGAUACUAAUCGGCCGUCGUUGCAGGCGGCGCUCGAGGGGGUGGGGUAUCAGGUCAUCGACCUGGGCAUCGUGCCCGAUGAUCUCGACGCACACAUCUCCGCCCUGAGGAAUGGCGUCGAGCAAGCAGACCUGGUGCUCACCACUGGCGGCACGUCCAUGGGCGCGAGCGACCUACUCAAGCCCGUCAUCGAGCGGCACCUCGGGGGGACCGUCCACUUCGGGCGCGUCAAGGUCAAGCCCGGCAAGCCGACCACCUUCGCGACGAUCCCGACGCCCCGCGCGCGCGUACCCAUGUUCGCGCUCCCGGGCAACCCCGCCUCCGCGCUCGUGAUGUUCCACGUCUUCGUCCUCCCUGCGCUGCGCAGGCUCGGCGGAUGGCCUGAAGGGCGGUGCCAGCUGCCACGCAUGAAGGUCCAGCUACGGGACGCUAUGCGCCUCGACCCCCGACCGGAGUACCAUCGUGUAGUCAUCAAGGCAGGCCCUGAGGGACUGGUGGCGUACAGCACGGGUGGGCAGCGCUCCAGCAGGGUGGCAAGCCUGAGCGGGGCGAACGGCCUGGUUGCCCUCCCGGCGCAGGCCUCCGACGGGCCGUCCGAGCUAAAGGCCGGCGAGGUAGCCGAGGCGGUGGUCAUCGGGGAGCUGCAGAUGCAAUAAAAAGAAA